AUGAACCGCAAGAAGCUGCAGAAGUUGACAGACACCUUAACUAAAAAUUGCAAACAUUUUAAUAAAUUUGAAGUGAAAUGUCUUAUCAGUCUUUUCUAUAACUUGGUGGGAGAUGUAACAGAGCGGCCAGGUGUGGUCAUUGGACUAGAUCGUAAUGCAUUUCGAAACAUCCUGCACAUGACAUUUGGAAUGACAGAUGACAUGAUUUUGGACAGAGUAUUCCGAGGUUUUGAUAAAGACAACGAUGGUUGUGUAAGUGUGUCAGAGUGGAUUUACGGAUUAUCAUUGUUUCUUCGGGGAACUUUGGAAGAAAAAAUGAAAUAUUGCUUUGAAGUUUUUGAUUUGAAUGGUGAUGGAUUUAUUUCAAAAGAGGAAAUGUUCCAUAUGUUGAAGAACAGCCUUCUCAAGCAGCCAUCUGAAGAAGAUCCUGAUGAAGGAAUUAAAGAUUUGGUUGAAAUAACACUUAAGAAAAUGGACCACGACCAUGAUGGGAAGUUGUCUUUUGCAGAUUAUGAAAAAGCUGUAAGAGAAGAGACCCUGCUACUAGAAGCUUUUGGACCAUGUCUACCUGAUCCAAAGAACCAGAUGGAAUUUGAAGCCCAAGUAUUCAAAGAUCCAAAUGAAUUCAAUGACAUGUGA